CAACCCCGACCCCAUCCGGAAUCUCCUUCCCGGGGAUUCAAAUCCAAAAAAACCCCCACCUGAUUCAGCCCCAAAAUAUGCUUUAGCAGUUUUAUCCCGAUGCGGGUGUCCUUCCUCUCUGUAAAGUCGUAAGUACCUCGAGGUGGGAGGAGUAAAUUCAGCCUGACACUGAGAGCGCUUUUGUUGAAACGGGAGAGACUCGCGGUGUCCCUACUUAAAUAUGACACAUGACGAUGGACAGGCCGCCCGCCCCGCCGCCCCCCAGCAGUGACCCCCGCGAUGCCCGCCGCCACGACCCCGAAGCGGAGCCCACGAGCGAGCCCGACAGCAGCCGCGGGGGCAUGGAGCCGCCGGCCGAGCCCCAGCUGCUGCUCAACGGGGCGGCCAAAGAGGCGGGCCGACCCUCCCCCGGGCCCCCCGCCGCCGCCGUGCCCGUCAUCGAGCUGGUGCGCCGGGGGGGCUCCUUGGACAUAAAAAGCCGAGAGGCGGCGGGGGAGGCGAUGCAGAGAGCGCCGGGCGCCGAGCCGUGCCGCGCCGCCGAAGCCGCCUGCGAAGCCCGCAUGGUGCAGCUGAGCCCCCCCGCGCUGCCGCUGCAGCCCCCCGGCAGGGCCAUGCUCUACAACCUGGGGCAACCGCUGGGCACCAUCGGCAGCGGGUUCUUCGGCGAGCCGGACUCCUUCUCCAUGUACGGCAGCAACCGGGUGAAGAGGAGACCGUCGCCCUACGAGAUGGAGAUCACCGACGGUCCUCACACGAAGGUGGUCCGCCGCAUUUUCACCAACAGCCGGGAGAGGUGGAGGCAACAGAACGUGAACGGAGCCUUCGCAGAGCUCCGCAAGCUCAUCCCCACGCACCCGCCCGACAAAAAGCUCAGCAAGAAUGAGAUCUUGCGCCUGGCUAUGAAAUACAUCAACUUCCUGGCCAAGCUGCUCAACGACCAGGAGGAGGAAGGAAACCAAAGGGGCAAAGUGAACAAAGACUCGGGGAUAGUCCAGGAAGACCUCCUGCAGGACAUGCUGUCUCCGAACUCCAGCUGUGGAAGCUCUUUGGAUGGAGCGGCGAGCCCGGACAGCUUCACGGAGGAGCACGACACGCUCGACUCCAAGCACGCACGGAACCUGCACCACACCAUCCUCCCCGUCGAAGGCAGCGCACAGCGGUGAUGACCCCAAAUCGCUCCCCGAGCGCUCAGAGGGUGGCGAGACCCAGGCGGGUGGGAUUUGGGACCCGGCCCUUGGCUCCCCGUCCUCUCGGCCCAGGUUGGCACGUUGGCCAACCGAAUGGGAUGGACGCUCGGUGUUUAGGUACGGGAUCGUACGAAGAAGAAAAGCAUUGAAGUCGUCUUCGUUGUACAUACUGAUUCUAAGGACAGGAGGGGAAUGUGGCCAGCACCCCUCCGGCAUUCUGAGGGUUUUUGGGGCCACCUGAGGGUCACUUCUCAAGCAGUCGCACGGCUGGGACAUGAGGAAUGAAACAUAGGGCUGUGGAGCACAAGCAACUGGUCCGAGCCAUGCUCCCGUUGACCAAGACCUUCUGACUGUAUCUUUUUAAUGAGGUGAAAAUGCCCUCAGCAAAAGAACUAUUAAAAGGAUUGAGACUGUCUUUUUUCUCUAUCUCUACUUUUUUUUUUUUUAAUUGUUUUUGUCCCCUUUCCUUUCCCUUCUACCUAACGUUGGAUUGUUUGGGGUGUUGUAUUUAUGACGUGAGAUUCCUUCUGUUCAAUGCCGUCAUGCAGUGUCCACUGAACAUAAAGGUACAUAGGGUGUUCUGUGCUCCCCACCGCCCCCUGAGCCCCCAACCCCAAGCUGUAACACAGUGGGUGAGGUCCUGCAGUGGUCUCCUCAAGUUUCCCCAGAGGUUUCUGUAGGGCUGAGCUUCUCUCAAGGAAGAUGAAACUCAGAAUAGGUUAAGGAGAGAAAAGUUGACUAGUGAUGCCUCCCCUUGAACCAGGGACUUCUUUGAAUGAAAAAAGGCAAAAAGGAAUCAAUGAUGCAUCAACAGUUCGUGUGUACAUAGGGUUAUAAAAGGGUUUCGGUGGUAUGCUUUGAAUGUUUUGGUUUUGUUGUGUGAAAGUGGUGGUGGUAGUGCACCCCUGCAAGCGCCCACAGGCUGGAUGCAAUUAGACAGUAGGAGUCCCUUGAUUGGCUGAGGCUGGUAGGAGCCACAGCCGUGCUGUAUCUCCUGGCAUGGGGUGAGCGCUAAGAGCGCUGAUGGGAUCAUCCCAAGGGCUUAGGGGCUGCAGGGAUGGUUUGGGGCCAAGCGUCUGUGCUCUGUGGUUCCUCCGUUUCAAACCAUGUGUGGAGGCUCCAAGGCAAAGAAAUCACUGCGUUACACCAAAAUCCAGACAGGUCCUUCAUAAGGGAGAAAGCCUUCGAGCUUGGUUUUAGGGCCUCUUGUAAAUAAUAGGCUGAGACUUUCCUCAGCAUGGAAUGGGUGCGUUGGGUGGGAUGUGCUUCGAGCCCAGCCCCAGAUUCUCAGAAACCAACAGCUUCGCCCAGCAUGUAGUGGGGAGAAGGAGGACGAUGCCCUCCUGGACCCAGACCCUGCGUACAGGGAUGGCUUAAGUGAAGGGGUUACCAUGGGGCAGUGCUGAGCACGAGGGGCUGCUGUUGUCACCGGUGUCCCUGGGGAUGGGCAGGGGGUGGUGACCCAGGGGGGGGGGGGGUUGGGGUCUCAUUCACUUUUUGUCCAAUUAUUGCAAGAAAAAAACACCAACACUCCGAGAUUCCUCAUUCCCCAGAAUUCUGGUUGGUUUUCUUUUUAUUUCUCCCUUCUUGGUAGCUGUAACAGUUGGCCAAUGGUACAACCUCCUCGGUCCCCAUACGCACACCUGCCCAUAGCACGCUGCCGUCCUGCCGGGGUAUGUACAGUUGUCCUUUAAUCGUGAUUGAAUGGUACAUUUCCCCCCCCCACCUCACCCCCCCCCCCCCCGCCUGCUUCACGUCUCCGUGUGUGGAGCAUCGCCCCGGUUCUGUUUGAACAGCACUGCCGCUCAGUGUCGUACCAUGUGAUUGAAUCCUCCCUCUGCCAUUCUUUUCUCUCCCGGUCCCGUCCCCCUCCCUGCCUCCCUCCCUUUGGCUUUCUGCAUUUUUUUUCAGCAGAAACGAGGUAACCAGACCCGGUACCCCGACUCUCGACCCACUGUGGAUGUGCUAUUUAGAAAACACAUUUGUUGUAAUGUGUGUGUAUAUAUAAAUAUAUAUAUAUAAUGAAUAUAUCAAGAAUAUUUCUAAAUAAAGUUUUACAAAGCA